AUGGGAGUUGGUGACUUUGUCCACUCUAGGGAAGUUGGCCAACCUCGCGUGGCGGGCGCCUUACCCCCGUCUCAACGCCAACUGCGGGCUGAACAGGCAAAAGUGGAGAUACCCCAAAACUACUUCAAUGAACCUGCAGUGACUGGCAAUGGACUAGGUCUCGGCCGUGGAUUCCAGCCAUCUCCCAUACCUUCAGACUUUUCUCGCGAUCUUGCUGGGAAUGCACCUCCACCUGCAUCGAAGGGAGGGGGCAAGCGGGAUGCGUUUGAUACUGAUGUCGAGGCCAUUGACGACUCAACCAUUGCUGGGACCAGCGUAUUUGGGCUUGAUGACCGUCAGGCUCAAGCUGUAACAGCAAACAAUGGGAACCCAGGCCCCGCGUCGCCGCGGCCUUCGCAUUUACCACGGCCAACGCACCGUCCUGAAAGAUCAUCCUUCUUUGGGGGGCUCGGCGAUAAAGUUCUGAAGAAGGCUGGUUUUGACGCCUCUGACGACGGUGAAGAUACAGCCAGUCAACUGACUUCGUCAAUCGGAGGAGACGAUGAGAUGACCGAUGUCAUUCCAGAGCAAGGAAAACCAGCAGCAGCCCAAGAGACGAUGCCUGCAAACGAGGCCAGAGAUUCGAAUGAAUGGUAUCCUCCUCAAAAGAAAAAUCAAGCUGGAGAGGAGCCAUUGAGAAAGCGACUUGAGCAGUUUUGGUCUGCAAGUAAGAGACCAACACAGGUCUCAAGCCCAGUGGAACAUGUAGCUCGUCAGCCAGUGCAUGCUAACCACGUUGCUGAUGCUCAACCUCGCAAACUGGGCCAUUUGCUCCCACCCCCCGGUCCGAAGAAGAUCACUCUUCCACGCAACAACUCGGGCACUCCAAGAACGCGCUUCAGUCCACCAAAGCCCUCCCUACUAGAACAACUCGACAUAUCUCCCACUCGCAGAGAGUCUCAACGCCAUGGCUCUGAGCCACCGCCUCAAGGUGGGCGAAUGACGAGCAUGGCCUCCACGUUUCGCACACUUGAUCCAAGUGAGAACGACACUCAUCUUCCACACGGCGAAGACGAAACAAUUCGCAUCGACAGUAUCGAUAGCAGAAGACAUAGUCCGCACUCUCCCCACGACUAUGAUAUGACCAAUUUCUCAGACCUGGAUCAAUCCGAGCUGGACCGGGAGGUUGAAGAGAUGACUCAUAUCCCAUAUUCAAAUCAACAUACCUCAACCAGUCGGGGUCGAAGAAAUACAGUAAUCAAGACCCGAAAACGCCAACUCGAGGCGGAUUACCCCCCACAGAUUUUAUAUCAAAAAUCUUUUACCGACCUCCAGGCCGAACCAUUCGACAAGGCUCCAACCCCCGUCCCUUCCCCUCCCGCCAAGUCGCCCUCACUACCUCCAGGCGCCAGCCUUUUAUCCAACAACCACUCACCAGACGACGCUUUGUUCCAACUUCUUCGGCUCACAGACGAAGAGCGCCAGGCCUAUUUGACUCAAUUGUCUGUUGAAGAGUGGGAAGAUUGCGGCGACCAGCUGAUCGACCGAUUCAGCCACUUGCUCACCGAGAUGAGGAAGCUACGACGCGCACGACGACAAACCGCUGCGGUCUUUGAAGCCGAGAUCAGACGUCGCCAUGAACUUGUCGAGGCUCAGGACUCUGAGAUAUCGGAGAAAUUGAAUGAAAUGAGAACCGGAGGCGCUGAAGUCUUACGUGGUCGCAGCACCUGA